CGACCCAAACCAUCACCAAAAAAUCCAAAUAUCAAACAUGAAUUUUAAUGAUUGUUAUCCCUAGCCUAAACAGAUAAGUAACAAGGAUAAUAUGCAUCAAACAUGAGACCAUUUCCAUUCACAUUGGUAAUAUCGUUGCUAAUAUGGUCGAACCUUAUCGUUGCCCUUCAAAAUUGGCCGAAUAUAAGUACUCAGAUGGAAAUAGCACUCAGAACACAACGUGAUGUAUCGAAACCAAUUCCAAUUGAUCAAUUGACUAAUCCUGGUGUAUCGUUAAACUCGUUAUUAUUCGACAUCGAUGGUUAUGUGACAGACUCAGUAAAUGAAUUCUAUACGUUGUUGACGGUAGGAAUAAAAACAUUUAUGUUAGAUUUAUACUGGAAUGAAUUUACAGGGAAAUGGCAAUUAUGUCCUGCUCCUUUCCCAAGUAAUAUAACUGAUGUUAACUCAGCUCAAACAGUAAUAUGGGGUGGGAUUCAAUACAAAUGUGAACCAUCUGCUAGUAUAUCCGACUUAAUGCAAGUGUUGUAUACGUUUAUCAUAGAGACCAAUACCAAUAUGGAUGUUGAUCUUGUUCAAAUGUUAUUCACGUUAAAUUCCAUAACAGCGGGAAUGACAAAUACUACACUUUAUACCAACUCAAUAUUAAAUAACUUGGGAAACACAUCCUUGAAUGCAACGAUAGGAAGUUUAAAUACUUACAUUUUCAGUCCAACUGAUUUAGAAAGUUAUGAGGCCAACUUACAACAAAAUCAAUAUCUGAACUUUUAUAAUAGUUCAUCUCAAACUCUACCAUCAUUAAGUACUGUCUUACUUACAGAUUUCAAAAGAGUUAUGUUUAAUGUUAUUGCAAACAAUCUUGCCAAUACCACUCGAAAGUAUAUCUUAUCUACAGAAGACACAUCAAUGAUUUUCUUUCUGGGCACCAAUUUAAAUACAACACUUGUUGCUAAUGAGGAUCUGAUACUUGAACAAUGUGGGAGUCUACCAUCAAUGGACCUUAAUGAUACUGAAAAUGUGAUUUUCUUUAAUGAUCUUUCAUUAAAUACCCAUUUCAGAUAUGUUAUAGAUAAUCCAGAUAAUGGAUUUUCAAAUGAUACUUUCAGGGACUAUAUGCAAUGCGGAAUUGCCCCUAUUCUAAAUUCAUCAUACUAUAAUUUAGGUACUGGAGAGUCAGAUCAAAUUCCUGAUAUUGCAAAUGAAUUUGCUCCUCUCAGUUUUUGGUCGUGGGCUCCAGGUGAACCAUCUUCAUACAAUUCUUCAGUGAAUGCUACUGUAUUAACUAACUUUACUCAAGACCUCUCUGGAUCACAAGAAGCUUACAAGUGUGUUACUCUCGACGCUGAAGGUUGGGCAGUAGCCAAUUGCUAUAAAACUUAUCAAUAUGCAUGUCAGAAUACAAAUUCUCCAAAUGAUUGGAUAAUCAGUAGGGAUGAAAAAAAAGAAUAUUUUGAUGCCUAUAAGGAUGGAGCAUGUCCUGACGGGUAUAUCCUCCUGUUACCAAGACUGAGUAUAGAACAGUUGUCGUUACGAAGUGCAAUACAAAGACAAAACGGCACUUAUCCGGUUUGGAUUGAUCUUAAUGAUAUCACAGUAUCGGGUUGUUUCGUUUCAGGAGGUCCUUAUGCGGACUGUCCAUAUCAAAAGACGGUCAGUGAAGCCAAAUUAGUGAGAUUAAUUGCACCCAGUUUUGUAGUUGCUGUUAUUGUAUUGCUAUUGAUUUUUAUAGAGAAGAUUUUCAGAGUUCAUCCCAUACAAACAAACAGAAAACGGUAUUGGAAGCAUGUGGUCCAAGAAUAUAAUGAAAAAAAUGCAUUUGAAGGAGUUCCUUCAUAAGUUUAGGGUAAAUAGGUAAUAAAAAUGGAUAUAUAUAAGCAAAGUUGUAAAAAUGUGUAAUGUCGCAAAAUACGAGAAUAACGACAAUUCCAAUGGCGAGUUCACAUCAUUUUUUUUGUGAGGGUUAACUUUCCACUAUUUGAAGGCAACUAAUUCAAUUGAAAGGGUAUAUCAAAACUAUAUACAAUUAAAGAUGAGUGAUCAAAAUUGGA